AUGGAAUUACAAAUAAAAUUAAUUUUUGGUAAAAAUACAGAAAAUUUUAUUGACCGUGAUACAGAAUUGUACAAUUUUCAAAUGUUAAAUUCUGUUGGUUUGGCUGGAAAAGUUUAUGCCAAAUUUAAAAAUGGUAUAAUUGUUGAUUAUCUUGAUGGUGAAACGAUAACAAUUGAUACUGUUCGCCAACCUGAGAUAAGUAAAAAAAUUGCCAUUGCAUUAGGUAAACUUCAUGAAUUAGAUGUUGAUAAUGAUAAUCAAAGACCGAUGAUUUUUGAUAAAUUAAAUGAUUAUUUUCUAAUUAUGCAAAAUAAAUUUAGUAACAAAAAUUUUCAAACAAAUUAUGAUAAUUAUUUUAAAAAUAUUUCUAUACAAAAUGAUUAUAAUGAAUUAGUUGAUUAUAUAAAAAAUGAUCCAUGUGAUCUUGUUUUUUGUCAUAAUGAUUUGUUACUUGGUAAUAUAUUAUAUGAUGAAAUGAAAGAUUCUAUUCAUUUUAUUGACUAUGAAUAUGCCGGUGUAAAUUAUCAAUUAUUUGACAUAGGAAACCAUUUUAAUGAAUGGGCAGGUAUAGAAAGUAUGAAUGACAAUCUAUUUCCUACUGACAUUCAAAAGAGACAGUUUAUAAGAAAUUACCUUCAAACUUUAUCUAAUAACCAAGACUUAGAUAAGGAAAUUGAUAAAAUAAUGAUACAAUUGCCUUUGUAUGAAGCUACUUCACAUUUUUUUUGGGCUAUUUGGGCUAUAGUACAAGCAAGUAAUUCAGUAAUAGAUUUCGACUAUAUAAAGUUUGCUAUUGAAAGAUACUCAUUCUAUAAAACAACAUUGAAUCUUUAUAAAAAAAAUCAUUACAAUUAA